CUCCCUAGGUCGUCCAAAGGCGCGGUUGGCAGUAAGCGGCCAGCAGCAUAGGCGGAACCUCAUCAUGGCCUUGUGAUGCGCAACUGGUAUACAUGCUCUACUGUGCCCUUGCGUGGUCAGUGGUGCCGCUCCUUCCGCAUACAGCCCCAUCCAAUGUUUGUACUUGCUCAUCUGUACGCCUGGUUGCUUGUUGUCUAAUGGGAAAGUGCUUGGCUCAGACUGCAGCCGCUCAUGCUUCCACGCCUUCAUUAGACUCUCUCGAAAGGCGGAUACUAUUUGCCCUUCAGGCAGCGGGCUACCGCUGUUCGCGGACACUGGCCGUGCGACAUUGUGUUUAAUCUUCUCCUCUACCUCAGCUACCCGCUUCUCCGAGCUAGCUUGACGCUCUCUCAGCAUCAUCUCAGAGAGCGUCAAGCUAGCUCGGAGAAGCGGGUAGCUGAGGUAGAGGAGAAGAUUAAACACAAUGUCGCACAGCCAGUGUCCGCGAACAGCUGUUUCUUAACAGAUAGGCUGAUCAUCAAGGGCAACAUGAGGAAUACCAGCGCAAAAGAUAGCUUGCACAGCAGUGACGAGGUCCACAUCGCGAACCUGACGGUCCGCAAGCGCAGUUCACGCCUUGCAGUGCCCUAUCUGGGGGCAUGCCAGGACCUACGCGGGAACCUCCUGGCCACGCGGCUGAAGCUCCUGGGCACCGGCUUCAAGCUGGACGACUGCCUCACGACCACAGGCCUGGCGAAGCGGCGGCGGCUCUAAACCACCCACGACGAAGCAUACCAAGCCGGUAUGCGCCCGGAGUGGCGGCGUGGGGCACUGCUGUAUGCGAGGCCGGAGCCCAGCGCACCGGCCGUGCCAUGGGCGGACCUGGGCUAUGGAUUGGGCUCGGACACGGACGCGGAGGCAGAGUUCGUGCCCAGCGGAGGGGAGCGCACGCCGCCGCCCCAGCAGCCGCCACCGCCACCGCCCCGUAAUGCUGGGCAGCAGCAGCAGCAGCUGCAGCUGCAGCAGCAGCAGCUGCAGCAGCAGCAGCAGCAGCAGCAACUGCAGCAGCAGCAGCAGCAGCAGCAGCAGCAGCAGCAGCAGCUGCAGCAGCAGCAGCAGCAGCAGCUGCAGCAGCAGCAGCAGCGGCAGCAGCGGCAGCAGCGGCAGCAGCGGCAGCGGCAGCAGGAUCAGGGCCCCAGUCAUGGUCAGGGCUUCACACGCUACGGGCGGGCACCAGCGCACCAACUGGGCGAUAAGCGAGGCUCCCGCACACCGCAGAGCACUGAGCAGUCAAGGCUGCCCAAGCCUGCGAAGCCCUUCGCACACGCCACGGUGGCGGACGUGAGGAACCAGGCGCCCACGCGCGCGGCAGACCUACCGCGGUCGAAGCGAGACCCCAGGGCACCGCAGCAGCAGGCGCAGGCGCAGGUGCAGGUGCAGGCACAGGCGCAGGCGCAGGCGCAGGCGCAGGCGCAAGCGCAAGCGCAGGUGCAUGCGCAGGCACAUGCGCAGAUACAGGCGCAGGUGCAGGCACAGGCGCAGGUGCAGGCACAGGCGCAGGUGCAGGCGCAGGCGCAGGUGCAGGCGCAGGCGCAGGUGCAGGCACAGGCGCAGGUGCAGGCACAGGCGCAGGUGCAGGCGCAGGCGCAGGUGCAGGCGCAGGUGCAGGCGCAGGCGCUGUUCGCCGCCAUGUACGCAGAGUACCAAGCGGCACAGCCAGUCCCCUCUGCCGCGGCCGCCUACCCCGCAGCCGCAGAGUGGGCGGCCGCCUUGACUGCGUCCACCGCCACCGUAGCCGCUCCGGCCGCGCCAGCAGGUGUGGCGGCCACUAAGGCCGCCACCACCGCAGUCACCUCGGUCCCCGGCACGACUGCCCCUACCGCGGCCGCCGCCGCAGGCACCUCGACGGAGCCAGUGGCGGGUGACUUCAGGGUCAGCGCCGGAGGAGAGGUGCUCGCAGCGCCAGCAAACCCGAAAGGGAAGAGCGCUGUGGACGACGAUGGGUGGCAGGUACAGCUCGGACGCAGCCAGGCCGGAAGGGGAGGUGGUGGCAGCACUGGCAGGGGUGGAGGCAGGGCCGGAGGACGCACAGCAGGCGGUGGCAGGGCCAGGGGCGCCGGACACACGACGACAGGGGAGAAUCGGUCUGUACCGCUGCACGACAUGGGUCUGAGCGCGGAUACGGACAUGGGUAAUGCCCUGGAUUAGUGGGACGGGGGCCGGGGAGGCAUGCGUUUCUGGGCAUGGAACGCUCACGGACUUCUCGCUGGAGGCUCUUGCAAGCUUCACGACCGCAGCAUCAAUAAAGCCGCACGAGCGCACGACAUCCUGGUCAUUUUCAAAACACAUCAACGCAUCGUGUGCCAGACGGCCAUUUUGAACUAGACGGAUACUCAGUCUGUCGUGCACAAAGAUCACAAGAAGCUAUGAAGUCGGAUUUUGGCGGCGUUGCAGUUUAUGUGCUCAGGCUUGUUUCAGGCGGAAAUACGGUACUGCACACCACUUGUUUGUCCCGAGGCACCUGGUGACAAAGCACACACGUGCAGGAGCAGCACCAAUGAUUGUUGUACAGCUAAUUUUGAGAAGGCGUCUGACAAGGUGCCGCGCCCCCUCUUGUGGCUACGGCUGCGGGAAAGGGGCGUGUCAGGGUGGCUGUUGGAGGCCAUACCAGGCGCAUAUGAAAGGUCAUGAUGAUGGUUAAAGCCGCUGGCAAACUGAGCGCUGCUAUUGAGGCAACGCAAGGGGUCAAGCAAGGGUGCCCACUGUCAAGCACAGAGCUGUUUGGGCUCUUUAUUGAAUCUUUGGCAGAGCAUAUUAAUGCGCACGUCGCAAAGUGUGAACGUCGGAUGUUCACUUCAGACGACCAGGAGCGUCGUAGAUUGAACGAUGAGUGCCGCGGGCUGCGGCUGGCAGGGCAGCCCAUCCCUGCGGUGGACAAGGCACGGUAUCUGGGACUAGUCUACGGCCCUGGACGUGCUUUUGCCGCCUGCAGAGAGACUAUGUGAGGCUGCGCGGCGUGCGAUGUACGCGCUUACUAAUAGGUUAAACCGUUUGAGGAUUUUCUCCCCCGACAUACGCAUGCGUUGUUUUGAGGUGCAAGUUCGCUCCAUCCUAGCAUAUGGUUGUGAAGUGUGGGGACCCGACAUAUUAGCGGAAAUGCUGGACGGCGGCCCACCACCGCGGCGACGUGACAGCAAUAACCCGGCGCACGGACCGCAGGAGGGCUGGACCGCCGUCCAGCAUUUCCGCUAAUAUGUCGGGUCCCCACACUUCACAACCAUAUGCUAGGAUGGAGCGAACUUGCACCUCAAAACAGCGCAUGCGUAUGUCGGGGGAGAAAAUCCUCAAACGGUUUAACCUAAUAGUAAGCGCGUACAUAGCACGCCCCGCAGCCUCACAUUAUCACAUAGUCUCUCUGCACCGGACCUGGCGCACGGACCGUUGAAGCAGGCCUGAGAGCUUGCCUGAGAGACGAGGCCGUCAAAUUACAAACGUAGUACAUGAGGAUGACAGUGGGUACGAAGCGUCCAUCGCAUUGCCUGCUGUUUGCUGAGUUAGCACACUACCACUCCAUUUCUUUUUCGCCAAGCUUUGCAUGCAGAAGGAUAGCCUAGCUCACGAUGCACUGAUUGAUGAAGUACAAGGCGCGUUAGUACAUCCAGAGGGAGAUGGGUGGCUGGUGUGCACGUCUUUUCCGCUUUAUCUCAGCGCAUGGCGUAGACGUAUGGCAAGGCCGUAUGCACACGAUCAGGACGGAAAGGGAGGAGAGCCGAGCAGGUAGCCCGCUGCCUGAAGGGCAAAUAGUAUCCGCCUUUCGAGAGAGCCGAAUGGAGGUGUGGAAGCAUGAGCGGCUGCAGUCUGAGCCAAGCACUUUCCCAUCAGACAACAAGCAACCAGGCGUACAGAUGAGCAAGUACAAGCAUUGGAUGGGGCUAUGUGCGGAAGGAGCGGCACCACUGACCACGCAAGGGCACAGUAGAGCAUUUACACCAGUUGCGCAUCACAAGGCCUUGAUGAGGUUCCGCCUAUGCUGCUGCUGGCCGCUUUUACUGCCAACCGCGCCUAUGGACGACCUAGGGAGGAGAGGAUUUGCCUGUUGUGUGUUGCAAAUGAAGAUGAGAAUCAUGUGCUCAUGCGGUAUACGGCCUACGACCAGUUGCUUUCGGGUAGCGAGGUCGAUUUUACAGGCGGGAUGCAGGCCGUCAUGCAGAAUACGGACCCGGCUGGGCCCAGCCAGGUUAGCCGCGUUACUAGAUUCCAUUUGGGAGCACAGGAGCAGAAGCACCCCAUUCGGGGACCAAACUAGCUGCAUAUGUGCUGCGGCCUGGCCGAUUCCCGGCACUCCGGUGCCUAGGCUUGUGGCGUUGAGGCACAGCGGUGGGGCUCUGGCGGGUUGAGGCUUGGCUAGGACUCACUGUGCGUCGAGUCACACGGACUUUGACUGCGGGAGGGUUUGCAGCAAAGUCGGGGUUGGUGGAGUCAAGUUGGGCCCUGAUAGCAUGUGAUGGCUUAUGCAUGUCGUGAGUCCAAGCGGAGGCGUCCAGGCCAAAGUGUGGCGGCACUAAGCUCGUGUGGAUGGUGGAGGCCGGGGAUGUGGUCACUCGGAGGCUGGAAUGGCAGGACCUUGGGCAGGACUGGCAGGGCUAGCUGUGAGCGAGAGCGAGCGCGGGAUUGUGCCUGACCAA